UUUCUGCCUUCUGUUGCCACACUCAGGGUGCAGGGAGUUUGCUGGAGUUGCUAGGUUGGCAGGGAUCUGGGGCACAGGGAACCCUUCUAUGGUUGUGCCCCAGUUAGUGGGAAAAGCCGCUGUGGAGGGCAGUGGGUGCUUGUGGAAGAAGCACUGGCUUUGGGGCCAUCAGACUUGGAGUUGGCAUUAAAGCUCUGUCACUCACCGCCUGGCUGACCUACUUCAGUUAGUCUUGGGACUUCUGUGAAUACCAAAUGAGCGGCUCUGCCCGAAAAUACUCAGAAACUCAGAGCAUCAUGCAGUGGUCGUGCUGCAACGGCUCAGCACCUGAGAAGUGAGGGGGAGCCUACCAGGGGAUUACUGCUAGCAGGAGCUGACAGCAAGACGGCUGCCCGGCUGGCCUCAGGGGCCCGGGAAUGGGCAGAGCAACCUCUGAGCCUGGGCCAGCUGCACCAGGAAGGAGGCCUGGGCCCUGGCAGGGAGCUCGGCACAUGCUCGGCUGACCCAGACUGCAUUCAAAGGAGCACCCCGCCGAGCAGCAGCUGUGCCCAGACCCCCAGCUCCUGUUCCUGCAACUCCUUACACAACUGCAGCUGGGGCUGUGACCACUGGGAGAAGGAACCUGUACCUCGGACUGGAAGCAGAAGAGCAGAACCUAAUGCAAGGAGGAUUUUGUUCUCUACGAAGAGUUUUCUGAUACCCACAGAGCUUCCUGGGUUUCUUCUCUCAGGGUUGGGGUCCGGUUCUUCUCCGCUGGCUGAGGGGUUGGUCUGGGAGGACCAUCUGAGGAGUAGAUGCCUCUUGCAUGGAAUCAAGGCUGCUUGAAGCCAACACGCUCUGUGUUGUGAUUGGGGUUUGAGGGCUUCCCCACUGCAGGGGACGAGGGGCUGCCUCAGCGUCUGCUCAUGAACCACAAGGACCCCGACUGCUCCAGACUGGACCAUUUCGAGCCACCAAAGAGGGGGGCUUCCAGAGCUGGCAAUCAGCAACCCCAAGGGACUAGAAGGCUGGAAUGGACUGAUCUCCCUCUUGCCAGGGCAGCGGGAGAAGCAGAGCAUCUGUGGCCCAGCUAGUGACGGAGAGACCCAAUGAAGCCAUAAGCAGGGGCCCAAGUGGCUCAGGGACAGGGGAGCCACUCCCGCCAAUGUGCUUUCUCCUUACAGUUGAAAGAGGGUAUGACCUGGGACUCCUGCUGCUGACCCUUCUACAGCACACACCCUUAUGCCCUUUGCAUCCAGUGUCGAAAUAGGAAGUCUGCACUGUGGCUGGCCCACCAGUGGGCUGGGCAAAGAGUGGCCACAGUGACACCCGGCUGCCUGCCGGGCUGGUGGUCCAGCCUCCUGGUGCUUCGCACCAUGAAGUGCUCGCUGCGGGUGUGGUUCCUCUCUGUGGCCUUCCUGCUUGUGUUCAUCAUGUCCCUGCUUUUUACCUACUCCCAUCACAGCAUGGCCACCCUGCCCUACCUGGACUCGGGAGCCUUGGGGGGCACCCAUCGGGUGAAGCUGGUGCCGGGCUAUGCUGGCCUGCAGCGCCUCAGCAAGGAGGGGCUUGCUGGCAAGAGCUGUGCCUGCCGCCGCUGCAUGGGUGAUGCUGGCACCUCCGACUGGUUUGACAGCCACUUUGACAGCAAGAUUUCUCCUGUCUGGACCAGAGAGAACAUGGAUCUGCCGCCAGAUGUCCAGAGGUGGUGGAUGAUGUUACAGCCCCAGUUCAAGUCACACAACACCAACGAGGUGCUGGAGAAGCUGUUCCAGAUCGUGCCUGGCGAGAACCCCUACCGUUUCCGGGACCCGCAGCAGUGCCGGCGUUGUGCCGUGGUGGGGAACUCGGGCAACCUGCGGGGCUCCGGCUAUGGGCCAGAUGUGGACGGGCACAACUUCGUCAUGAGGAUGAAUCAGGCGCCAACCGUGGGCUUUGAGCAGGAUGUUGGCAGCCGAACCACCCACCAUUUCAUGUACCCAGAGAGUGCCAAGAACCUGCCCGCCAACGUCAGCUUCGUGUUGGUGCCCUUCAAGGCCCUAGACCUGCUGUGGAUUGCCAGUGCCCUGUCCACAGGGCAGAUCCGAUUCACCUAUGCCCCAGUGAAAUCCUUCCUUCGAGUGGACAAAGAAAAGGUCCAGAUCUACAACCCAGCCUUCUUCAAGUACAUCCAUGACAGGUGGACAGAGCAUCACGGGCGGUACCCUUCCACAGGGAUGCUGGUGCUCUUCUUUGCCCUGCAUGUGUGUGAUGAGGUGAACGUGUACGGGUUCGGGGCCGACAGCCGGGGCAACUGGCACCACUACUGGGAGAAUAACCGGUACGCGGGCGAGUUCCGGAAGACCGGCGUGCACGACGCCGACUUCGAGGCCCACAUCAUAGACAUGCUGGCCAAGGCCAGCAAGAUCGAGGUCUACCGAGGCAACUGAGCCAGGUCUGGCCGCGACUCUUCCCGCCCGGCCGCGAGGCGCGGGCGCGCACUGCCGGCUGGGACCCAAGGCCGCCCGAGGGCGACGGCCUGGGCGUGGGCGUGGCGCCAGGUGUGGGGCGUCUCCAGGCAAUCGGGAGCGACGCCGCGGUUGGACCAAUCAUGCUGCCAAUCACAAGACUCAGGGGCCUGGCACCAAUCAACGCUGCAGUCGGAGCCUCUUUCAACCAAUCAUGCGACCCAGUUCCAGCGUCAACUUCCGGCGCUGGGCCCUAUCUCCAAUCAAUGGCCUUCGGAGGCAGGCCAGCGGUUUCAAUCCCCACUCCCCUAUGCUCUGGGGUAGGAUUUUAUUUCAUGCUUUUUAAGGAGUAGCCGUUACUUUUGUCCUCGAAGAAGUACUUUCCUCAGGCUCGGCCGGAGCUGUCGCAGUCGUUUGCGGGCAUGACCCCGCUGGUGGCGCCAGGAACGAAACGCAGGGGAGGGGUCGGGGAGCGGCGGUUCGGCUUCUCCUCCUCGGGAGUCCCUAGUGGCUUCGGGGUGGUGGAGGGGCGGUCCAGGUGAUUUCCAGGGAGUGCGCCCUCACCCCAGAGGAAAAGCCAGAGCCCUCCCAAGCCGCUCCGGGCCCCCGAGAGAAUUUUAGACCCCACAUUUCCUUUAUCGGUCAGGCCCAGAUGGGUGUCAACCCACCAAAGAAAUGCAGUGAGAAUCCGAGGGCACGUGGGUACCCUCCUCCUCCCCCCUCCUCCCUGCCUUUGGCCACCCUUGGGAAUGGCCUUUCUGACCAGGGCAUUUAGUGUCUCACCAGAAAACGAAUUUGUUCACCCCUUGCUUGGGGUUGGAAUUUGCCUAGGGCCUAACUCUGGAACAAAGGUGUAAGAAGACAGGAGACAAGGAAGUCCCGUCACAUCAAAUGUAAGGUGCUUCUCACUCACGUGCACCCUCUGCCCCUCCUGUUCUUCACAACCUUUUUAGCGUCUCUCCUUAGGCCCUAGCCUCUUCACCAGCCUACUUGUUGCUCUAGAAAAAAAAAAAAUCAAAACUUGCCCUGAGAUUGUUUGGGGCACUGCUGCUUUUCUCUCUCCUGUCUCUGUCUCUGUCUCUGCCUGCCUGCCCCCCAACACACAAACUGGCUCUAGGGAGAGGGAGCAACACGUGGGGAAAAAAGGCUGGAGAUGGGGAGCCCAGCUGCCUGGUGCAUGCACCAGCUUCCUUCACCCAUCACCCCAAAGAGGAAUAGGAAACCUCUUGCUUGGGGGUGGUAUUUGCUUUGGGCUCAUAAUUUAGUUAACCUGAAGCUACCAGGUAUGGCUGACCAACACAGGUUCUUUUAAAAUUCUGAACUGGCCGUGGAAAUAGCCGAGAUCCUAGCUGGGGGGGAGGAGACUCGCACUCCUGCAUGCCGCCUCCCCGCCCGUGCAUCCCCUGCCCGAUGCUCACCUGCUUCCUCACUCUCACUUUCCAUUUCCAGCUCUGGAAAAGGCUGGGAAGCUAACAACCAGGGGUUCCAAGUGGAAGCUACUUGCAUGACCGAACCCAGCUGAAGUCCCUAGAGGAAGCUGCUGGUGGUACUCUCGCCCUUCAAGGUUAGAGAAGUUUAGGAGGUGGAAAAGGGCUUCUGUGAAGCUCCAAACCACUAAAAGGACCCCCCUCCCAACAGUGACAACACAAAUACCACUCUUUUUCUUAGUGAGUUGCUACCACCAAGCAGCCUCCUGGCCAUUGGUGUCGUUCCUGCAGCUGGCUGGGGGAACUGUAACUAGCAGGGGUAUUAGAGGAGGAUUGGGGCAGGGCAGUGGGCACCCCCAAAAGUUAAUAUAUUGAGAACUUAGCUUGAGUCUGUUCCUUCCUGAUUCCAAAAGUAGGUGGAGUACAGAAUGGGAGUGGAUUUGGGGGGCCGUUAAUGGAAUGCCUCUCUCAGGGCCUCCCCCACCAUUUUAGAGAGCCAAGGCACCAGCCAUUCAUGCCGGUCUCAUCGCAGUGCUUCCCGAAGAGGCUGUUUUGAGUGUUUAGAAGACGAAAAAACAAUGCAAUUAUGCCAAACAGUAUUAAACAGAAUAAUUUAUUUCUC